UAUAUAUAUGAAACCCAAUUUAAAUUUGACCCGCCAUUUAGUGAGAUCUCUUCAUUUCUCUCAAUCAGCCCUAACCCCCAAAUUACUUCUUCUCCAAUCUCCAAUGGCGAAAGAAAACCGAUUCAGUGAUUUGCCCGACUCAGUUCUGAUUCACAUUCUCUCUAUGAUGUGUAAAAACAGUGAAGAUAGUAAAGAAGUUGUGAGAACUAGUGUAUUGUCUAAGCAAUGGCAGUUUCUUUGGAAGUCUGUUCCAGUACCUCUCGAUUUCUACUUGGAGGAAAAUCUCUUAGAUGAUGAUAUGCAAGAAAUGGUAAAUUUUACGCAUAGAGAGCUUCAUUAUUUUAGGUCUUUCGACAAAAUUCGAAAAUUGGAGUUGAUUUUUGAUUUUUAUAAACCGGAGGAUUUUGUUGAAGAUAUCGAUUUAUGGAUAUAUUUUGCAACUGAACUUGGAAAAGUCGAAGAUUUAAUACUUGAAUGUGAAUGUGGAUAUGAGUUUCCUCAGUUUGCGUAUAAGAAUGCGACGUUGAGGAAUUUGGAUUUACGGUUCUGUACAGUAAACCCUUUAGCUAAUGUGAAUUGGAGUGGUAUCGUUUCUCUUUCAUUUAGUAACAUGUGCUUGAAGGAUGGUGUAAUGAAAAAGAUAUUAUCUGGUUGCCCUAACUUGGAGUGCUUGAAACUCUACGAUUUUCAUGGACUUCAUCGUCUGAGAAUCUGCAAUGUGAAGUUGAGAAAAUUGGUCAUAAAGGAUUUCACAUAUGAUGAUGAAUGUGGCCAAUGGCUUGUAAUAAUAGCCCCACAUAUUAAAGAUUUGGAAAUUCUGGGGUUGUGCCGUGGGAUACGCUUGAGAAAUGUGGAUUCGCUUGUCACUGCAGUCCUUGAUUUUGUUCUUAAUUUUGAAGAGGACAAAUCGAAGAGGAAGAGCAGGGAGUCUACUUGUUUGAAGUAUAUUUUUCACAGUGUUGCCCAUAUCAAGAAGCUUGAAUUAGGUUGCUGGUGCAGCGAGUAUCUGUCCAUACUGGAAUUGGAUGGGUGGCAGCCUCAACCAUCAACCUGGAAAUUCUUACAACUUAGCACAACCUUGAGGCAAUUAGAUUUCCCUGGAAUUAGCAGUUAUCUACAGAGUUCAUCGCAUCUGGAGACUUUAGUCAUUGAUGGGGACAAUGAAUCAAGAGUAAGUUCCCUUUACUUUUGUGUAUUUCAUGUUAUCAAAUAUAAAACAAUUGUUAGUGGAAGAAGAUAUCCAGUACACUAGGAAAGGGAUCACUAAACUUAAUGAAAAGUCACCUUUGUGAAAUACUUCAGGGGGGAUUAACUGAUGAGAAGUUCUGUAAGUACUUGAUGGGAGAGGAAUGGAAGUAGUCGUCUUGCUUCUUUUCUUUCGAUCCACUUAUGUCUCUACUUC